GCGCCACGAUUCGAGGACUAGCGGAGGCGGGAGGACCACGUUCUCGGACCUAACUCAUCUUUCCAGCAAAGACACCUGAAGAGAUGUCCUCCUCAGUCCUUCACUUCUACGUCCGUUCCUCUGGCCAUGAAGGCGCAGCGUCUGGCCACACUCGGAGGAAGCUGCAAGGGAAGCUGCCAGGGCUGCAGAGUGUCAGGACCGAGCUGUGCUACAAUGUGAACUGGACAGCCGAGUCUCUCCCAAGUGCUGAGGAAAUGAAGAAGCUGAUGUGGCUCUUUGGCUGCCCCUUGUUACUGGAUGAUGUGGCUCAGGAGUCCUGGCUCCUUCCUGGUUCCAAUGACCUGCUGCUGGAGGUUGGGCCCAGGCUGAACUUCUCCACCCCGGCAUCCACCAACAUCGUGUCGGUGUGCCGGGCUGCUGGCCUGGCGGCUGUGGACCGUGUGGAGACUACCCGGCGCUACCUGCUCUCGUUUGCCCACCCGCCUUCAGCUGAGAUGGAGGCCAUGGCUCUGCCAACGCUGUAUGAUCGGAUGACGGAGCAGCACUUCCCCCAUCCCAUCCAGAGCUUCUCCCUUGGGAGCAUCCCAACACCCCUUGAUAGCCCGAUCAACAUACUGGAGGAGGGCCGGCCUGCCCUGGAGAAAGCCAACCAGGAGCUAGGUCUGGCUCUAGACUCCUGGGACCUGGAUUUCUACACCAAGCGCUUCCAGGAGCUGCAGCGGAACCCUAGCACCGUGGAGGCCUUUGACUUGGCUCAGUCCAAUAGUGAGCACAGCCGACACUGGUUCUUCAAGGGCCAGCUCCACGUGGAUGGGCAGGAGCUGGCACAGUCGCUGUUUGAGUGCAUCAUGGGCACCCAGACAUUCUCGAACCCCAACAACGUCCUCAAGUUCUGUGAUAACAGCAGUGCAAUCCAGGGGAAGGAAGUCCAAUUCCUGCGGCCCGAGGACCCCACACGGCCAAGCCGCUUCCGGCAACAGCAGGGGCUGAGACAUGUUGUCUUCACAGCAGAGACCCACAACUUCCCCACAGGAGUAGCCCCCUUCAGCGGUGCGGCCACGGGCACAGGGGGCCGGAUCCGAGAUGUCCAGUGCACGGGCCGCGGGGCCCAUGUGGUGGCUGGCACUGCUGGCUAUUGCUUUGGAAAUCUGCACAUCCCAGGUUACAGUCUGCCCUGGGAGGAUCCGAGCUUCCAGUACCCUGGGAACUUUGCCCGACCCCUGGAGGUUGCCAUUGAGGCCAGUAAUGGGGCUUCUGACUAUGGCAACAAAUUCGGGGAACCAGUGCUGGCCGGCUUUGCCCGCUCCUUCGGCCUCCAGCUCCCUGACAGCCAGCGGCGUGAGUGGAUCAAGCCCAUCAUGUUUAGUGGGGGCAUUGGGUCCAUGGAAGCAGAGCACGUGAGCAAGGAGCCCCCUGAGCCAGGCAUGGAUGUUGUAAAGGUUGGGGGUCCUGUCUACAGGAUUGGAGUUGGGGGCGGAGCAGCUUCAUCUGUGCAGGUUCAAGGAGACAACGCCAGUGACCUGGACUUUGGGGCUGUACAGCGGGGAGACCCGGAGAUGGAGCAGAAAAUGAACCGUGUGAUCCGGGCUUGUGUGGAGGCCUCCAGAGGAAACCCCAUAUGUAGCCUCCAUGACCAGGGCGCUGGUGGCAAUGGCAACGUCCUGAAGGAGCUGAGUGACCCAGCUGGAGCCGUCAUUUAUACCAGCUGCUUCCAGCUCGGCGACCCCACCCUGAACGCCUUGGAAAUCUGGGGUGCUGAGUACCAGGAGUCGAAUGCACUUCUGCUGAGGCCCUCAGACCGGGACUUCCUGAGUCGUGUCAGCGCCCGGGAGCGCUGCCCAGCGUGCUUUGUGGGCGCCAUCACUGGAGACAGGAGAAUAGUGCUGGUGGAUGAUCGGGAGUGUCCCGUGGGAAGAAAUGGCCAGGGCGAUGCCCCCUUGAUGCCUAACCCAACCCCUGUGGACCUGGAACUGGAUUGGGUGCUGGGCAAGAUGCCUCGGAAGGAGUUCUUCCUCCAGAGGAGCCCUCCCUCUCUGCAGCCUCUGGCCCUGCCCCCGGGGCUGAGCGUGCGCCAGGCCCUAGAGAGGGUUCUGAGGCUGCCGGCUGUGGCCAGCAAGCGCUACCUCACCAACAAGGUGGACCGCUCCGUGGGUGGCCUGGUGGCGCAGCAGCAGUGUGUUGGGCCCCUGCAGACUCCUCUAGCAGACGUGGCAGUUGUGGCACUGAGUCACCAGGAGCUCGUAGGGGCUGCCACAGCCCUGGGAGAGCAGCCAGUCAAGAGCCUGCUGGAUCCCAAGGUUGCCGCCCGGCUGGCUGUGGCUGAGGCCCUCACCAACCUGGUGUUUGCCCUGGUCACUGACCUCCGGGACGUGAAGUGCAGUGGGAACUGGAUGUGGGCAGCCAAGCUCCCAGGGGAGGGUGCGGCUCUGGCCGAUGCCUGUGAGGCUAUGGUGGCAGUGAUGGCGGCCCUGGGUGUGGCAGUGGACGGUGGCAAGGACUCCCUCAGCAUGGCUGCCCGGGUCGGCUCCGAGACCGUGUUGGCUCCUGGGUCACUGGUCAUCUCAGCCUAUGCUGUCUGUCCAGACAUUACCGCCACUGUGACCCCAGACCUCAAGUGUCCUGGAGGGAGAGGCCAUCUGCUGUACGUGCCCCUGAGUCCUGGGCAGCACCGGCUGGGGGGCACAGCCCUGGCCCAGUGCUUCUCCCAGCUUGGUGAGCAGCCUCCCAACCUGGACCUUCCUGAAAACUUGGUACAUGCCUUCCGCAUCACCCAGGGGCUGCUGAAAGACCGCCUCCUCUGCUCAGGCCAUGAUGUCAGCGAUGGGGGUCUCAUCACCUGCCUGUUAGAGAUGGCCUUUGCUGGGAACUGUGGGAUAAAGGUGGAUGUGCCUGCUGCUGGGGCCGACGUGCUGCCCGUGCUGUUCGCCGAGGAGCCAGGCCUGGUACUAGAGGUGCAAGAGCCAGACCGGGCCCAAGUGCUGAAGCGCUACCGGGAUGCUGGCCUUCGCUGCCUGGAGCUGGGCCACACGGGCCACUUUGGGCCACAAGCCACGAUCCAGGUAUCAGUGAACGGGGCUGUGGUUCUGGAGGAGCCUGUUGGGCAGCUGCGAGCCCUCUGGGAAGAGACGAGUUUCCAGCUGGACCGGCUGCAGGCGGAGCCGAGCUGCGUGGCAGAGGAGGAGCAAGGGCUGAGGACACGGACAGGGCCCCGCUACUGCCUGCCCCCCACCUUUCCCAAGGCUGCUGUGCCCCAUGAGCCUGGUGGUCCCACCCCCCGAGUUGCCAUCUUGCGAGAGGAGGGCAGUAAUGGAGACCGGGAGAUGGCCGAUGCCUUCCACUUGGCUGGGUUUGAGGUGUGGGAUGUGACCAUGCAAGACCUCUGCUCUGGGGCAAUCAAGCUGGACACAUUUCGCGGCGUGGCCUUCGUGGGCGGCUUUAGCUACGCAGAUGUCCUGGGCUCUGCCAAAGGGUGGGCAGCUGCCGUGACCUUCCACCCUCAGGCCGGGGCUGAGCUGAGGCGCUUCCGGAAGCGACCAGACACCUUCAGCCUGGGCGUGUGUAACGGCUGUCAGCUGCUGGCUCUGCUGGGCUGGGUGGGAGGCAACCCCGGCGAGGAGGAAGGGGAGAUGGGCCGUGACUCCUGGACAGCCCAGCCUGGCCUCCUGCUUCGCCACAACCUGUCUGGGCGUUACGAGUCUCGCUGGGCCAGUGUGCGUGUGGGCCCCGGGCCGGCCCUGAUGCUGCGAGGGAUGGAGGGCGCUGUGCUGCCCGUGUGGAGUGCCCAUGGUGAAGGUUACAUGGCAUUUUCUUCUCCGGAACUCCAAGCCGAGAUCGAAGCCAAGGGCUUGGCUCCACUGCACUGGGCAGAUGAUGACGGGAACCCCACAGAACAGUACCCCCUGAAUCCCAAUGGGUCCCCUGGGGGAGUGGCAGGUGUCUGCUCUCUUGAUGGCCGCCACCUGGCCCUCAUGCCUCACCCUGAGCGGGCUGUGAGGCCUUGGCAGUGGGCAUGGCGACCCCCUCCAUUCGACACUCUGAAGACCUCCCCUUGGCUCCAGCUCUUCAUCAACGCCCGAAACUGGACCCAGGAAGGAGGUUGCUGAGCACGGAGGCUCAUCUGGGCCUCAUGGUUUGUCCCUGGGGUGUUGCUGCCCUAUCCUUCGUCACCUUCAGAAGCACCCCAUAUUAUUUUCAAAUGUGUCUUCGACAGACAGGGAUCAAAAUGCCAAAAAAUACCUCAGCUAAUUAUUAGUCUGCCCGCUUUUGCUUUAUGCUGUUGGAUCUGUUUUAUGUUCUUCUGCUCUAGAGUGUUUUGUCCUUUAUGAGCUCUGGAGGCAGCAUGUGGUUCAGAGAAAAGAAUCUGCAGUGGAAAGUUAGGGUGCACGGAGAGGAGGAGGUUCUUUGGACUUACUUCCUUUCACGUAGCGAUCACCACGUGAUGCUUAUGUCACUCGGAUGGGUUUGGAGGGAUGUUUUCUGUCCCCCUUCCUCCUCAUUGGGGUUUAGAGGGCAGAGGCAUACAAAAGCAUUCAAGUUGGAUGUCAGCAUUCUUAUCUGACCAACAGCAGAAGCUUUCUGGGUUCCUCUUUAAAAACACAGCAUCGUACUAAGUGUAAGCAAUUUUUUGCAGAAGUUGCUUUGAUAGAGUCUCUGGCCUCUGACCCCAAUGUUCCUAAUUCUGCUUCUCCUAAUUUAACAGCUUCCUUCCUAACAGAAGUUGUUAGCACUUCCAUUCCUAGAACUGAGCCUUAAGUAUUCAUUCAUUCAUUCAUUCAUUCAUUCAUUCUGUUAACAUUGAGUGUUUAGCUACAGUGCCAAGUACUGUCACUGCCUCAGGGAAUUGAUGUCUAAUGGAAUUUAGAACAGUAGCUGACGGUGGCAUCUACCAUGAGCCAAGCAUGUGCGAGGCAGUUUAUAUGUAUUUAAAUUAAUUCUCACAGAAUUCAGCAAGGUACUUUGAUAGCCCCAUAUUUUCCUUUUUUAUUAAAAAAAAAAAAAAGGAAGAAUGGAGGUUGAAUUGCCUAGAGGUCACACAGCUUGGAAGUAGCUGAGCCAGGAGCGCGUGCUCAGCGAUACUCUGUCUCCUUCCCACUGACCUGCAGUUGCAGUUCUUGGCAGCAGUAUUGCUGUCAAGAGCUCCGCGGACAGCUGUCCAGUGCUUCCUUUGCUCACAGGACUGCGGAAGGCACUUCCAUGGCUGCUUUGUUACAUAACUCAAGUCAGUUUCCCCCUAAAUAGUUCGGCGUCUUGAUUCCAGAAGUAUCCCUGAGAAUGGGGACUAUCAUCUCAGACCCAGGAGUGUGCGGAGCCUUGCAGGGAGUGGGCGGAUGGGUCACACCUCUUGGUAGCCAUCCUAAGGCGAGGCUGGUCAGAAGAAGAUUUCAUUUGUGUCUGUGGAGGAAAUAAUUCAUUGCUCUGCAAUCUGACCGACCCUGAGCAGCAUGGGGCUAGUAAGGGUCAUUUUUGGCAUUUGAGUAUUCCUGGCAUUGGGAAGCAAAAUGUAUGUAUAUGUAAAAUUUAUAGAUACUGUCCAAUGUACAUUUUUUGGGCUGAUAUAAAAGCUUAGAUGUCUAGUUUACUAAAUGGUUGAUAUACAAGUAGGCUGGUAUGUGAUUACCUGAUUAUUGGUUGUGAUGAUUGGUCGUGACAGGUAAAUUUAUACAUUUUGUUGGUGGAGCAGAUUUGCUGGACUGAAUGACCCCGGCCAAGCAAGACCCACCCUCAGACACUGCCAGGACCACCAGGUCCACUCAGCUUCUCAUCGCUGUUUUCAUCCAGUAGCCACACAGCUCUGUCCUUCCUGGCCCCUGACCCAGCUCCUCUCUCUCCCCGCCCCUCUCAAAGGCCCUCCAGCAAAGCCCUUCAGGCUCUCUCUUUCCUGCCCCUCCUGACUUUCAUGGAAAACCAGCUGUCCUCUGAACACCUCUCCAAGUGGCAGCUUUUACUCUCAAACCUCACCUCACCUCUCUCAGGCUGGGGAGUUGGGGUUUGGGUCUUCCCUAUCACUUCCAGACUAUUUGCCACCCUCUUUGAAGGAAAUCUUGCCCAUUUUAGGUUUAUGCCAUUGUGUUCCACUGACUUACCCAUCACCCUGUGUGGUAGACUGCCAAACGCUCCCCUAUAUCUGAUUCCCCCCCCUUGAAGCUGAAUUCUCCAAUAUCUCAGUGGGGUUUGUGGCUUCUCAAAGACAUCAUCUCCCAGCUUCCCUUACUGCUAUGACUAAAUUCUGGCCAGUGGAAGAGAGAACGAUGUAUACAGCUUCCAACUACUGUUAAAGAAAGGGUGUGUGCUUCCCUUCAACCUUGCUUCCUGCUGUCUGGAAUGAACACGUGGCUGGAACUCUAGCACUGUACUGACACAAGGUGGCAUUGGGAAUGGGCAUCAUGCAGAGCAGAGCGGCAAGAUGAGAGGCUGUGUCUUUUGACACUGAGCAGUACAUAUGAA